AUGUCAAUAUUGUGUUGUUGUUGUAGUAUCCCCAACAAAGCUUCAUGGCGCAAAACAGAACCAACCGUAAUCAAGGUUCUCAAAGGAAUAUUUUUACGAGUAGUUGGUUUAAUAUUGUAUCUCUAUAUUAUUUUAUUAUUUUUUCGAUUGGUGGGGGAUGAUCCAUUACAAACUGUGGUUCCGGGAUUUGAUUAUUACAUUCCACCUCCAUAUGUUGAAUUUACCGCUCCUUUCCAAUACAAUUUAACUUGUAAUUUCAGUUUACAAAAUGAAACAUCACCGAGCUGUGACAAUUACAUGACUCCGCAAACAUUUGAUGAAGAUUCCCAAACAUACGUGUCGACAUUUUUCACAACAGAUUAUAAUUCUAUUUUCUCUAGCGAUGGAAUCCAAGAAAUUGGAUUUUCCUUUUAUUUAACUAAUUCUUCGAAAAAUUCUAUUGACGUGUUUUCGACUUUAAGUGUUGCCCUGAUUGAUCAUGAGUCAAACGUGUUAAAAAAAAUCUUUGCAAAUAAAAGCUAUAAUCCUGAUUUGCUUGUACAACUUAUUAAGAAAAAUAAAUAUGUUCUUUCUCCAUAUCAGGUGAAUUACAUUGGUUUCAAAAGAUAUGAAAAUGAAAGCAUUGCGGAUACUCCAAAAAAUGUUUUUGGUAUUCCUCGAACUGACUAUGAGCGCGAUUUUGCCAUCGAAACAACGUUUCAAACGUCAAAUUUUCCAUCAACGAAUCUAACGAAUUUAACGAAUCCAACGGAUCCAGAAUUAUUAUUUUAUACGUUUUUGGACUUAUCACUGUUAACUUACGAAGAACCAAAAAUAGGACAAAAAAAAACGCUUGAUUUACUAGGCAUUUUUAGUGCUCUUGGUGGCGCUAUGAGCGGUUUUUCUGCUACUUAUGUCUUUCUUUUUGGGAUCGAACGAGUGAAACCAUGGGGAUUUUGCCAAAGAAUUUUCAGAAUCAGAGAUCCAAUUCAAAAGAAACUAUAUAAAACACUUGGCCCAAAUCUACCGUUUGUCAAUGUCAAAGUAAAUGAUGAUGACGAAAAAACGCCAGUUUCUUUAGAAGAACUUCAAAAGCGGCUAAAUAAUUUAGAAUUCUUCUUACAAGAGUAUAUUAUUGAUCAUUCGUAUCUUAAUGAAGUUCAAAAAAACGUAGAAGAUGGGAAACUUAUAGUUUGA